AUGACCGCAAUUGCCAUGGCGUCGGACGGAAGCUAUGAUCCCGUGAUAUCUAAGCUGAUUACAUCGCUUAAAGAAGCUGAAAGCUUGACCGACGAAAAAGAUCUUGGAUUUUUGCAAAAUUUACUUCAGUCGAAGGAACUAAACGCACUUGUGAAUGUACAUAGCAAGGUGGCCAAAAUCAACAAGGACGACAGGAUAGCGCCACUGCUGUCUGCUUCAGUUCAGAUUCUGAUGGAAGUUUUGGAACUGCUAGCACCAAGAUGUCACAUUUCUCCAUUAUGUAAAGAGGUUUUCCAUCUACUACAAACACCGCAUUUGCAGAGUAUUCUUUUUGCACAUGAUGCAAUCGCGCAAAAAGACUUCUAUCCACAUCUUCCGGAUAUACCUGUGGAGGUUGAUGAAGACGAAGAAACCAUCAAAAUCGUUCAACUUGUAAAAAGUAACGAGCCCCUGUGUGCUGGAGCACAAAGUGCGGAACCAAUUGUUGGUGCUACCAUUAAAACAGAUGAGGAAACGGGCAAAAUUAUUAUCGCACGAAUUAUGCACGGAGGGGCAGCUGAUCGUUCGGGCCUUAUUCACGUUGGCGAUGAGGUGAUCGAAGUAAAUAAUAUUAACGUUGAGCGCAAAACACCAAGCGAUGUUCUAUCGAUUCUGCAAAACUCGGAAGGCACAAUAACGUUCAAGCUAGUUCCUUCAGAUGGGAAGCUGGAUCAACGUGAAAGUAAGGUCCGCGUAAGAGCUUACUUUGACUAUGAACCAGAAAACGACCCCUAUAUCCCUUGCAAAGAAGCCGGUCUAGGGUUCCAGAGGGGUGACAUUCUUCAUAUUGUAUCACAGGACGAUUCCUACUGGUGGCAAGCGCGUAAAGAAGGCGAAAAAACCACCCGGGCCGGGUUGAUACCAAGUCGCGCACUGCAGGAGCGUCGCAUACUGCACGAAAGAACACAGAAGGAACCAAAUGGUGAUGCAAAAAAAGGUUCAUGUGCCUCCAUCUGCUCUACUCCACCCGGUUCACCAAACCCAAACCAUCCCUGUGGUGGGCCAAAGACUAAAAAGAUUAUGUACGAUACAGCUGAGAACGAUGACUUUGAUCGGGAAAUGAUCGCCACCUAUGAGGAGGUGGCAAAGCUGUACCCGCGUCCCGGUGUCUUUCGACCAAUCAUCUUAAUCGGUGCGCCCGGUGUUGGACGAAACGAGCUGAAGCGUCGACUGGUUGCAAGAGAUCCGGAAAAAUACAAAAGCCCAGUUCCAUACACUACGCGCCCAAUGCGUCCCGGAGAAGUCGCCGGCAGGGAGUAUCUGUUCGUGACGCGCGAAAAGAUGGAAGCCGACAUUGCCGCUGGAAAGUUUAUCGAACACGGCGAAUAUAAAGGACAUCUGUACGGUACAGCGGCCGAAAGUGUGAAAACCAUCGUAAAUGGUGGAUGCGUGUGUGUUAUUGGACCACAUUAUCAGGCCCUGAAGUCCUUAAGGACGGCGCAGCUCAAACCGUACAUUGUACACAUCAGACCUCCGGCGUACGAGGAGUUGAAAAAAUCUCGCACGAAAGCACGUGCACGCUCAACGUUUGAUGAAAACAAUUCAAGAGGAUUUACGGAUGAAGAGUUCAUGGAAAUGAUCAAAUCGGACGAACGCAUAAACUUUCUGUACGGACACUUCUGUGACGAUGAGAUCGUGAAUGAUGAUCUAUCGGAGGCAUUCGAGAAAUUGGUCAACUUUGCCAACAAAUGUGAAUCCGAGCCGCUUUGGGCCCCAGCCAGCUGGGUGCAGUAG